AUGGUGCGAGGGCUGCGGUAUCGGCCCUACUUCACCCACAGCCUCCCCGCCUACGUCAACCUGCCCGGCCGGGACCCCGACGAGGCGCUCUUUCCCUGGGGGAAGCCCAAGGCGGCCGCGCCCUCGUCCGGGGCGGAAGCGGAGGCCCCCAAUGAAAAAAAGCCAGGGGGAAAUGCCCCGGAUUCGGCGGAAAAGGCGAGGUGGGUUCGCCAGUUUCCCGCCCACCAACGCGACCUCGUGUCGGCCGUCGCGGUGGUCUCGGCGGGGUGGCAGCUGCGGGCGCUGCGGCAGCAGCUACGCGAUUUGCCCGGCUUUCUCUCGGCCUGGCGGCUCCACGCGCGGCAUUUCCGCGUCGUCUUUCGCGAUUUGCCGACGCUCCUCAAGGCCAAGCAGUUGUUGGACCAAUUCCAUCUCGAGGGCAACGUGCGGGUGGAGCUGAGGCUUUCCGACGCCCAUUCCCGCGCCUUCGCCGCGUUCGUAGCCGAGCAGGAGACGGCGUCAGGGCAGGAAUAG